AUGGAUAUUUAUAAAGUUUAUCCUCUUGAUGCUGUCUAUGAUUAUCCACAAGAUGUACCAGAAGAGGUAACAAAGCCGUUACUAGAGACAACACGUAAGGGUAAUCUAGCAGCAAUAAGCAGCAGCAGUUAUUCAUUUGUCUCCUUGCUGCAGCACUUCCUUCCUAUCAUGAAGGAAGGAGGAGCAGCAUUAGCUCUCUCUUAUAUUGCUGCACAAAGAGUUGUACCUGGGUAUGGAGGUGGUAUGAAUAGCGCAAAGGCAGCACUAGAAUCUGAUUGUCGUCAACUUAGCUACGAAUUAGGAAGAAAAAAAAGAAUAAAAAUAAAUUGUAUAAGUGCAGGUCCUCUAAGGAGUCGUGCUGCUGCUGCUAUUGGUAAUAUACAACAUAAAUCUUUUAUUGAUCUUGCUAUUGAUUAUUCUAAGGCUAAUGCACCAUUACAACAGGACCUAGAGGCAGAUGAUGUAGGACGUGCUGCUCUUUUCUUAUUAUCUCCUCUUAGUCGUGGUGUAUCAGGAGUAACUCUUUAUGUAGAUAACGGUCUGCAUGCAAUGGGUCAGGCUGUUGAUUCUAAGUCCUUAAUGCCAUAA